UUUUUCUUAGUGACAUAGUUUUAAUUUUUUUUUAAAUCAUUUAAAUUUAUUUUUAGAUCUUCAAAAUAACAUGUUAAUGGUUUUUACUAUAAUAAAUGUUAUGUCAAACUAUUUUAAUGUUAAAUUGGUUUCAAAAGGUUAUACUCAAACCUCUUCUAUACACGGUGAUUAUUCUGAACUUACUGCUUUAUCAUAGCUCACAUACCAAAGCCAUUUUUUUCAACUACUACCUCUUCUACAUGUGAUGAUUUUUCUUUACGCACACCAACAUUAAACAGUCAGUCUUUAGUAUGUUAGAAAGCUCGUUCACAAAUGUUUCCACCAAUUCACCUGCUGUUAUUUCUCAAUCCUAUGUGAAUUACAAUAGAAGAGAUUCUGCGUGUGCUCGAGAUGAGUUAAUUAGCUCAAAAAAUCUUGAAAAUAAUGUAUUAUGGAGAUUGGCCCAAAUAACUUUGCAAAUGAAUGAAAUAUCUAAAAAGUUAGAUGCAAUUAGUGGCACCAGAAAAAAAGAUGUUGAAGGAGAGAUAUUAAUACAGUUUGAUGAUGUAGAUGCUUUAUAUGAGUUUGAUCGAAAGCUUGGAUUUGACAAAAGAGUUUUUAAAAAGUUUAUAAGUUUUUUUUUAUUUAAAUAUGUUUGA